GGUUUCUCUUCACAGCGAGCGUCCCUUAGGCUGCCACGAGCCGGCUGCGCAGUGACAAUGGAUCUCAAAGUAGAAACCGAAGAAACGGACCCACAUCAACCACCACCCAUAGAAGUUUUUGCGCACAGCUCGACCCUGCACGGAAUCUCUCACAUCUUCACGUACGAGCGGUUCUGCAUCAGACGCUGCCUGUGGGUCGUUUUUUUCUUGGGCUCCCUCACCUUCCUGCUGUACGUGUGCGUGGACCGGAUCCACUUCUACCUGGAGUACCCGCACGUCACCAAGCUGGACGAGGUCACGACCCCGAUCAUGACGUUCCCGGCGGUCACCUUCUGCAACCUGAACGCGUUCCGCUUCAGUCGGGUGACGCGCAACGACCUGUACCACGCAGGGGAGCUGCUGGCCCUGCUCAACCAGAGGUAUGAGAUCAGGGACAUUCACCUCGUGGAGGAGAGCGUCCUGGAGAGCCUGAAGGUCAAAGCCGACUUCCAUAAUUUCAAGCCGCGACCCUUCAACAUGCGCGAAUUUUACGACCGCACCGGUCACGACAUCAAUGACAUGCUGCUCUCCUGCCACUUCCAUGGCACCGAAUGCAGACCUGAGGACUUCAAAGUGGUCUUCACUCGCUACGGGAAGUGUUACACUUUUAACGCAGGCGGUGAUGGACGCCCUCCCCUUAUCACCACCAAGGGAGGUAUGGGUAAUGGACUUGAGCUUAUGCUGGACAUUCAGCAAGAUGAAUACCUGCCAGUCUGGGGAGAAACAGAUGAGACUUCGUUUGAAGCUGGGGUCAAAGUUCAGAUCCACAGUCAGGACGAGCCGUCCUUUAUUGACCAGCUUGGGUUCGGAGUGGCACCGGGGUUCCAGACAUUUGUGUCAUGCCAAGAACAAAGGCUGAUAUAUCUUCCCCCACCCUGGGGUGACUGUAAGGUGACGCCCAUGGAUUCAGACUUCUUUGAUAGUUACAGCAUCACAGCCUGUCGCAUCGACUGUGAAACACGCUACCUGGUAGACAACUGCAACUGUCGCAUGGUGCACAUGCCCGGCGAUGCACCGUACUGCACCCCCGAGCUUUACAAAGAAUGCGCUGACCCAGCUCUUGAUUUCCUGGUGGAGAGAGACAAUGACUUCUGUGUUUGUGAGACGCCGUGCAACAUGACCAGAUACAGCAAAGAGCUUUCCUUCGUCAAGAUCCCCAGCAAGGCCUCUGCUAAAUAUCUUGCAAAGAAAUACAACAAAUCUGAGCAAUAUAUUAAGGAGAAUCUCCUGGUUUUAGACAUCUUUUUUGAGGCUCUCAACUAUGAGACUAUUGAACAAAAGAAGGCUUAUGAAGUGGCUGGACUUUUAGGUGAUAUUGGUGGUCAAAUGGGACUUUUUAUUGGGGCAAGCAUACUCACUAUUCUGGAGCUAUUUGACUACCUUUAUGAGGUGAUAAAGUACAAGCUGUGUCGCUGCUCCGAUAAGAAGCACAAGCACAACAACAGCAGCGAUCAGGGGACAGUCCUGAGCUUGGAUGAUGUCAAGUGUCACGUCAGUAACUUUCACUAGGCCUCUGCAGCCGUGAGGAGGAGGCACUCUCUUGUCUCUGAGCGGCUUCAUGAACUUUGUUCAUUGCAGUUUGCUGGGGCAGACUUCUGGAGCGAC